AUGGGAAAUGUAUUUGCUAAUCUUUUUAAAAAUCUCUUCGGAAAAAAAGAAAUGCGUAUCCUAAUGGUUGGUCUUGAUGCUGCAGGUAAAACAACAAUCUUGUACAAAUUAAAAUUAGGUGAAAUCGUUACAACCAUUCCUACCAUCGGUUUUAAUGUUGAAACUGUUGAAUACAAAAACAUUAGUUUCACAGUAUGGGAUGUUGGUGGUCAAGAUAAAAUUCGUCCACUUUGGAGACAUUACUUUCAAAAUACUCAAGGUUUAAUUUUUGUUGUCGAUAGUAAUGAUCGAGAACGUGUGGGUGAAGCACGUGAUGAACUUCAACGUAUGCUUGCUGAAGAUGAAUUACGAGAAGCUGUUCUUUUGAUAUUUGCUAAUAAACAGGAUUUACCAAAUGCCAUGAAUGCAGCUGAAAUAACGGAUAAAUUAGGUCUUCACUCAUUGCGUAAUCGUAAUUGGUAUAUUCAAGCAACAUGUGCAACAAGUGGUGAUGGUCUUUAUGAAGGUCUUGAUUGGCUUUCAAAUCAACUUAAGAAUGCCAAGUGA